AUACUUCUCGGCGCGUUCGUUACGCGAGCAGUGCAAAUAGAACAAAUAGACAAAUAAGAAAGUGAAACAUCCUACCAAAGCAGAUUGGCCAUACUUCACAUUGAAUUCCACGCCCGCCUAAAAGCUCGCUACGUCCAAUGCGCACUCUGAGCGGUUUCAUAGCAGUGGCGCUUGUGCUGCUGCUCCUGCUGACGGCACCCUCGACUGCGGCGGAUGUGGAUGCGGAGGCGGAGUCCUCCGCCAGUUCGCUGCCGCCUGGCGCCGACCAACCGCGCAGGGUGGUGAAGCGGGCGCCCACGUCCAGCUUCAUCGGAAUGCGAGGGAAGAAGGACGAGGAACGGGACACUUCUGAGGGAAACUGGCUGGGACCUGGAUCUGGGCCAGAUCCGUUGGACUACGCCGACGAGGAGGCGGACAGCUACUACUCCGAGAACGGGCGGCGACUGAAGAAGGCGCCGCUGGCCUUCGUGGGCUUGCGGGGCAAGAAGUUCGUCCCGAUCAACGCACGCCUGUCCGACAUCCUGAAGCACUUGGAGGAGGAGCAACUGCGGGAGAGCCUGCUGCGGGACUUCUUCGAGCGAAUAACGACGGGUGAGGGAGCAGCUGUGGGCAAGCGGGCGCCCACAGGAUUCACGGGCAUGCGGGGCAAGCGACCCGCUCUGCUGGGAGGAGAUGAAGACACGGAUGCGGAGGCGGACGAGGCCAUGGAGCUGUCGCAAAAGAGGGCGCCGGUCAACUCCUUUGUGGGGAUGCGGGGCAAGAAGGACGUCUCCCACCAGCACUACAAACGGGAAGCUCUCUCAAAGUUCUGGCAUAAUUUCUUUAAAAAGUCCUACGACUUGAGGGGAAAACAACAGCGCUUUGCAGACUUCAACAGCAAAUUUGUGGCGGUGCGCGGCAAGAAGAGCGAUCUGGAGGGAAACGGAAUUGGAAACGGGGAGGACCAGCAGCAAUCACUGGUGCAUCCAUGGCUCUACCUCUGGGGUGAAAAGCGGGCGCCAAACGGAUUCUUAGGAAUGCGCGGCAAGCGACCAGCACUUUUCGAGUAGGCGACGUUGAAUGACUAGAAUGAUCUCGAUGGAAGUUCCUCUUAGAGCUACGAAACUAGACAAAGCAAGGAUGGAUGGACCCAAAGGACCGGGAGAGCAGUUAUGGAAGCAGAUUGGAUCACACGAGUGUUUCAAAUAAUCACUGGGCUGGAGAUUAUUUCAAACACGGACACACCAAAAUACACGGAUAAGAUUUGCUCUGUUAGUUGACACAAACUUUUCAGCUUAAUCUAUAACAAGACUUGCAAAUAAUGUAUUGUAUAUUUUAUUGGAAUCGAAUGAUGCUUCAAGAUUGAGUGGGUUCAAUUAUACUAUUUGCAUAUCUAAGUGUAAACUUUUAAUCAAAAUUAUAAAAAACAUUAUACUAGAACAAAUUGAAUUGCACAAUUAAAAUGAAAAAAGGAGAAACAUUUAUUUAUUUUCAAAAUAUAUUUAAAGAACAAAUUUCAUUGUGGAACAUCUAUACACAUAUACAAGAGAUAUAUACACAUGCAUAAAUAGCACAAAUAAAUAUUGUAAAUAAUGAAUAAAUAUUUAUUUCAAAAGCUGAAGUCGUUUAAUUCAUAA